AUGGCAUCAGGGCAGGAAUUCCCACUGGUGACCAUGUCACACGAAAGAGUCUACAUGGCAUCAGAAACCCAAAGCCAAAACCAGCAUGAGCAAACCAAUACGCACCACGAGGAUGAAGUGCCUCAUUAUGAGGAGGCAGUAGCAGCAGCAUCCAUCAGAGACGAGGAAGCCCUUCCACCAUAUCAGCAUCAGGACACCCGCAACACAACGUCAUUGCGCCCAAACUAUUACAUCUUGAUUCCCAUGGCAUUAUAUACUGCCCUGGUGGUGUAUACAUGGGUGGUGAUCUGCGUGAUUGCUCGCGGGCCUAGGGCGAUGCAGAACGAAGACCUCCGGUAUCGACAAUAUUACGCCGCUCGCAUCACGCAGUCCAUUGUGAGCGUGGCGACCCUCCCCGUAAUCUCAGCAGUGUGUGCAUGCGCAGCGGCGGUCUUUGUGCAGAACCAACGCGACACGAACAGUCUAAGCUUGCGUCAGGUCAUGGCGUUGGCGGACCGCAAGUGGACAAACCCCUUGGCAUAUCGAUACUUUGUGUCGUUGACUCGGACGCCGGCAGCUCUCAAGAAAUUUGGCACCAGUUUCUUGUAUCUGGCAAUGUUCACGCACACUAUCGGCGCCAUCACAUACCCGGUUCAGUCGGUAUUUCUUGAUGUCGAAGAAAGAUUCUUCGAUGGUAGUAGAAGUGUUCUCAACCAGGGAGCCGGUGGCGAUUAUGAUAUGAUACAGACUUUAUCGGAAAUUCUGAAGCCUCGUCGAUGGGUAAGUGCCGACCCGGACAAGGCGAAAGCAAUAUUUACCCUGCGCAACAAACUCCAAUUAGCAGACGCCGGCGGUUUCCAGGCCCAGCUCUGGGGAAACGCCACGCGACUAUCACAAUACAACUCGAACACAGACUGGUAUGCACAAGUGCCAGCUAGCUAUGACACGGGCGGAGUCAGACAAGUCACACCUCGCAUCAACUCAUCGGUCGAGAGUGGUCGCGUGGCUUUGAGCGAAUUCCCGACGAAUUGCUCCUCUGUGUCUGACUAUUUCUACACCUCGUUGAACUAUUCAUCCGCACGUUUCGGGUCAGUGAAUAUCAAGGCAUGUCUUCCAUCUAACGUGACGCUAUCUCCGUGGCUUGCCACAGAUGCCCGCCAGGAUUUCACCGAGGAGUUGUAUUUGAAUAUCAGUACAUCUGGCCGCGCCAGCCUUUACGUCAGCGACGUGAACGGGACGUACAGGAUUACCAUGAACACAACUGCUGCCUUUUUUGAGCUCCCCAAUCUUUUCAAUGGGAGGAAACCUGGGGAUCUGCUUGCAAACCCCACGGUAUCAUGUGGGUGGGAUUAUGGGUGUAUCAAUCGCGACGACACCACCCCCAGUGCUAUUUUUUCGGAUAAGCGGGACCUUGAUCAGGAGGAUUCGCUUGAAGAUCAGCUUUACGACUCAUAUAAUCUUCUGGGGCCAUUGGCUACUAUUGCCGUUGCUCUUUUCGGGCCGGGUUCGUGGUUUGACAAUCAGCAGUCGCUCUUCGCCAGCGAGUACGGCGGUAACUAUGAGAACGAAACAGGAUGGCGCGCGUACCUGGAUAGAAGCACUCGAACUGAACUACUACCUCUGUACCCUCUAAUUGGUCCCAACGAGGAUAAGAUAAUGGACCUGCUAGCAGACUCCCCAUUGAUGGACUGGCUUGAGACCUUCAUUUCUGGAGGAGCAAACUCUACCUUCGCAGAGACACUGACUCGCGCCAGCUAUUUGGCGUCCAAAGCCUUGUUCGAAACGAUCCGCUCCACCAUCGCGUAUGGGGUUGCGAGCAGCACUGUUGAGUCGGCAUUUAUGCCUUCUAUAUCCCUUGCAGGCAUCAUUGUGGUCUCCGCCUUGAUGGGCCUGUACAUGAUACCGCUCCUCGCCAUGGCUCUGUAUGCAGGUUUCAGUGAAAGUUGGACACAUACUCUCGAUUCCUUCGUAAUGUUGCGCAUGGGUGCCGCCAUUGGCCAGAAGGAUCUUCCGUUGCAAAUUGGUAAGCGAACUGGCAAGAUAAAGGUGCUGGAUCAACUUCCUGGCGUUGUAAGAGAUGUCUCUGGUCCCGAUGAUAAGGUCAGACAGCUGGCUCUAGGGCUAGGGGGUUCGCGACUUCAGUCCAAAGUGCGGUAUUUGGCGUAUCCGAAAUCGUCCUACGUUUGA